CCACCCUCUUUCAGUCGCAUACAUUCUCAAGAGAGCGCCUGGACCAACGAGUGGGGCCAGCAAGCCAUGCCUAUCCGGCCUUAUGUCUCCCUCGUUGGCGGGUUCGCAAAGUACCUGACCAACGUGCACUCGAGCUCAUGCAAUGUCAUUGGCUUGGAGCGCUUUACGGAGCUUCUGGCUGACGAGGAGCGCAAGAAGGACGGGCGUGGUGUCUUGACAUACGCCAAUCACAUCUCCGUCAUGGACGACCCUGGCGUCUUUGGCUGUAUGCCCUGGUGGACAUUUCAGCGACCAGACACAACGCGAUGGACUUUGGGAGCGUCUGAUAUCUUGUUCACCAAUCGCCUCUUCAACCACCUCUUCAACCGGGGACAAGUGAUUUCAACGGACAGAGGGCGCGGCAUCUUCCAACCGGCACUGGACCGCGCCAUCGCUAAGCUGGAGGAAGGGCAAUGGGUCCACCUCUUCCCCGAAGGGUACGUCAACCUCUCGAGGACAAUGGUGCUCAGACGGUUCAAGUGGGGAAUGAGCAGAUUGUUGCUGGAGAGUCAGCAGAGGCCGAGAGUCGUGCCGAUUUGGAUUGAGGGCUUCGACCAAAUGAUGCCCGACCCCCGUGGCUUCCCUAGCUUCCUGCCACGCCCCUUUGCUAAGCUCACCAUUCACUUUGGCGAGCCCAUCGACCGAAUAGGCUCGGCUCUCGACACAAUGCUGGACACCCUGCGUUGCAAGCACUCGCUGAAUCCAAGGGGAUGGGAGAAGGAGCAGGAGCUCGUCUCGGCCAAGCAGCCUAGCGAUGUGCAGCGCGAGGAGGCUCCCUCAAUACCUAUCCCUCCGCCUUCGACUUUUCCUAGUGUUCCGACGCCAGACCCAGCGGUGAUGGGCUGGGCGCCUCCUCCUCCUGACUCUCGAGCCGCCCAGGCGCAGCAGGCGACUUUGGACGACGAAUCUGCAGCUAUGGAGGCCCGAAGUCGCCUUGUUGAGGUGUUGCGUCGCGAGCUGGCUUGGUUGGGCGUGAGGAGUAGGAGGUUGAGGGGCGAGAAGGAGGGAGAAGUGGGCAGGCUGGUGCAUAGCUUAGUGCCUGAUGGGAGCGAUAGAUGACUUGCUGCGGACGUUCUUGCUAAUAUACACGAUAGAGUCUUCGCAUGUCGAGGUGGUCAUGAGAGGCCUGCCCAUGGAUCCUCGAGGGAAGAGGGGUCGAAGAAGCCCUGAGCAGGCUUAUCCGGACCUAUCGUCGCACCUCCUCUGCCACCACCACCUUGAUGUCCCCCUCUGCCUCUGCCUCGACCACCAUCCCCUCCAGCGCCUCCCCGGCCACCUCGCUGUGCG